CGUUCCACCUCUGUAUUAAUUAAGCAGUCUUUGGUUAAGACCGAAUACAAAUAGCCACUGCAGGCGGCAGUAUUAACAUUCAAGGGGACACAGGAGUACCGGUCCUAGCCAGUGUGGCACCCUAGGCGAGCAUCACUAGCGGCGCUCCCCUCCCACCCCCAAAGUGAAAUUGGCUGGCAAGACAGCGCUUCCUCAUAAGUUGGCGCCUAUAGGAUUGACCGGCCCUGGGAUACACUGCCACAUAUGUAAUAUUAAAUGUAUGCGGCGACAUUUAACCGUUGGUCAUACGUUACGCAGCGACAUAGACCCCGGCCAUAAUAAUCUGUAGGCCGGUAUUAGUACGCAAGUCGACGUGGAAUAUGUGAAUGAAUAAAAAUGCGCAGGCUAAAAUCCCCCCGACUACGCGACAGAAAUAACUGCCGUGAGGGUCGAUACGGUGAAACAUAACCCCUCAAUGGGCUAUUAGGGGAAGCGUGAGGCAGCGCGGCUCGCCAAGCCCACGCUGUCCCCCCAUGCGGAGCCCGGGACGCGAGUCCGGGGCGCCCGACCGCCGCGGCUCUCCGCCCCCUUCCCGCUAGCCGGAGUCGCAGCGAAAAAUCAAUAACUGCGCAUGGAUCCGCCCGUUUGCCAGAUCCAGUAUGCCCCAAGAAGGAUGGUACCCCUGGAGAGUUUGAGACACCACCCACCAGUCGCUCUCCCGCCCCCGCCCCGAACUCCCCAGGUCCCGCGGCCCCCCAGGAAGGGCCCGUAGCUGGCAGCGAUGCCUGGAUGGAGAGCCCAGGGGCGGCUCGUCCUACUCAACUCGCUCACCUGCGGGCUGGAGAUCUGCGUGGCGGCUGGAAUCACGUACGUCCCGCCGCUCCUGCUGGAGGCGGGGGUGGAGGAGCAGUACAUGACCAUGGUCCUCGGUAUCGGGCCGGUGCUGGGGCUCCUCUUCAUCCCGCUGAUCGGCUCGGCCAGUGACCGCUGCUUCAGUCGUUUCGGCCGCCGUCGCCCCUUCAUCUGGCUGCUGUCGCUGGGCGUGCUGCUGUCCCUCCUCAUCAUCCCGCACGCCGACGUGCUGGCUGCCCGCCUGGGCCGUGGAGGGCGCCCCCUGCAGGUGGGCCUCCUCAUCCUCGGCGUGGGCCUGCUGGACUUCUGCGGCCAGGUGUGCUUCACGCCGCUGGAGGCGCUGCUCUCCGACCUGUACGCUGAGGAGGAGGCGUGCGGUCAGGCCUUCUCCAUGUUCUCCUUCAUGGUCAGCCUGGGGGGCUGCGUGGGAUACCUGCUGCCGGUGCUGGACUGGAGUGGGGGGCUGCUAUCCACCUACCUGGGGGGCCAGGAGGAGAGCCUCUUUGCCGUGCUCAUCCUCAUCUUCGUGGCCAGCGUCCUGAUCACCAUGAAGGUGUCCGUGGAGGAGCCACCGUGCAGUAUGGCCAUGGAGCCACGCCCCCUGGAGGCUGUCCGCUGCACUGCACUCCCACGCCCCUGCUGCCCGAUGCCCCACUGCCGGCCUCGCCUCCGGGGGCCGCGCCCACUGCUGUGCCUGCUCCGUGCCUGCUGGUCCGUGACCCCCGCUCUGUACCGCAGCUACUGCCACGUGCCGCAGGUGAUGCGGCGACUAUGCGCGGCGCAGCUCUGCAGUUGGAUGGCCGUCAUGUCCUUCGUCCUCUUCUACACGGACUUUGUGGGAGAGGGGCUCUACGAGGGCGUGCCCAGCGCAGCCCCCGGGACGGCGUCCAGGCAGCGCUACGAUGAAGGGAUCCGUAUGGGCAGCCUGGGCCUCUUCCUGCAGUGCGCCACCUCCACCGUCUUCUCGCUGGCCAUGAGCCGGCUGGUGCGUCGCUUCGGAACGCGCCGCGUCUACCUGGGCAGCAUGGCCAGCUUCACGGCCUCCGCGCUGGUCAUCUGCCUGUCCAAGAGCGUGGCGCUGGUCACCGUCAUGUCAGCGCUCACCGGCUUCGCCUACGCCACGCUGCAGACGCUGCCCUACACGCUCACCUGCCACUACCACAAGGAAGAGGAGGUUUUCAUGCCAAAAAAACAACCGAAAUACAGUAAAAGUAACGGAAGCCUGGCCUCACAUGAGGUGGUGUGUUUGACUGCAGAGGGUGCCAGCGGAGAGCUGAGCCGCGCACUCUGCAACGCCAACGGGGCCGUGCUCUUCGUGGGGGACACCGCCGGACACUCUGGGCCCCUGAAGGGCCCUGCGGCGGCCCCGGCUCCCCCCCCGGUGCAGGAUCACGGGAAGCGCGGAGUGGGUCUGGACUUCGCCAUGCUGGACAGCACCUUCCUCCUGUCGCAGGUCUUCCCCACGCUCUUCAUGGGCAUGAUCGUCCAGCUCACGGAGUCCGUCACCACCUACAUGGCCUCGUCCGCCAUCUUCGGCUCCGUCGCCAUCUACCUGGUGGGCCACGUCGUCUUCGAGCAGAAGGACCUCAGGAACUGAGAGGAGGCCAAGGGGGAAUAUAAGUAUGUCUGCUGUUUACUUGGCCAUUGCUCUUUCAACAUAAGGGUCACAUGCUGUCACUGUUGCCAUGGAGACUCAGUCCUCCCAUAGAUAUUUAUUUUUUUUAUAUAUCAAAGUUCUCUAUGGGUGUUUCUCUGAGUUGCAACCCUGUAACACUCACUCACCUCCCCCUUGCUGUUUUUAACGUAACCCCCCCCUCCCCCAUUACCCGGUGUACCCCACACACCAGAAAUAGUCCACUUUAAAGACCCAAAAACUGUAGGAAGAGCCCAAAACAACAUGGUUAUCAUCCAUUCUGCCAGUGGCAGGCUGUAAUUCAGUGCUUAACGACAGUUGACACUCGUGGGAGUCGACCCCCCCGCCCCUUGCGAGUGCCGCUCCUGAAAGGAAGUCGAGUCGGGGAAACCCAUUUCUGGCUCAGGCUGCUCGCUGUUUACCUCGGGUUGGUUGCCAUGGCGAAGGGAUCGGUGUUGAUAACCAGCAGCACCCUGAGGGACAGAGAACUUUCUACAUGUAUUUAUACACCAGGAUGAAUUAGGAAGCAGACACGGCUGUUUCAUUUCAGAACAGUUUAACGUAAAGAGCCGUAAUGCUGUAUAUAUUUUGUGUGCAAAUGAUUAUAUCCCUGUGGGAAUUUAUUACACAACCUUUUUUGGUAUUUUAAGUCUGUGGUAUUUCUGACAAAAGACUUCAAAAUCUUCACACUUAACCUGUUAUAAUAUCAUACAUCUGCUGUGUAAAGGGUAUCAGGACCAGACUUAAUAUUACACAGGUGUUAUGCGCUUGUGCUCUGGUUUUAUUGUUAAUUGUUAGUUGUGUUAAAGUGAAGCAUUUAGUUAAAGCUGUUGUUUGCAGAAUAAUAAAUCAGUUUCAGGGAAAUGGCUUGAAAGCCCAGCGUAAUGAAUAAGGCUGCCUCUUGCCUUCUGUGUUAAAUCCCAUCAGAUGGCUGAGAACGGAGCUCUGAGAUGUCCUGCUCGCGGUUGUCCGGGCAACAGCCAAGUCAUGGGAUGAGUCCUGAAGUUCAGUUGUAGCUCCUUUUUUUUGUCUCUCCUGCCAUCCUGUAGAUCGUGUACUUGUAUGUUUUACUUCAAAGGUCAGGAGUGGUCAGGAAAUGGGAGUGUGGAUUGGCUGGUCAUGUGACGACCCUGUCAUGUGACAGCAGUCAGAACCCUGGCCAGCGGGAUUCUGGGUCUGAUGAGAAACCAGCCUGACUGUUUCCAUCAGUCACAGAUAAAUGCCCUUUGUGGCUGGGUUACUGUCUCGCCCCGGCCUGCUCUUACCAGAGUCAUCAAAACGAUUCUAUGCACUUUCAAUAAACUGAACUGAUAUUUAGGCCGCAAGGAGAAACCGUAUAUAAAAUGUAUCUUCAUAAAGAAAAAACCCACGGCAUGUUAGCCUGGCUUUGCUCUUAUGCAUUGUUCAGUUGUAGCUAAAGUGGAGGCAGAUGCCUUGUGUUCAGAUUGUCUUUAUGUCUGUCCAACCCUUAAUGUCGUGCGUCUCAGCUGUGGUACGCAUUCCUUUCAAUGAAUAUUCAUAAUAUUAUAUUCCAAGUAAUACUGUACUAAUACUGUAUUGUAUGUAUUGUACGCGUAUUUCGUCAGACUGCAUUGUUUUGUCUAUAAUCAUUUAUUUUCUAACCCUAUAAAAUAUAUUUUGGGAAGUGCCUGAAAAAUGUAUUUUUGUAAUUAUUUAUUUAUUAAUUAUAGAAUCAUAUUGACACUAAAAGUAUUUUGCCUUAUUGGUUUUCUUGAGGGUUUGGGAGAGAAAUCCGUUGCUAUUACGCUAUACGCCCUUUCGCUUGCUUUACGCAGUAUAAAUUAUCAGAGUAUUCAGCAUUCUCUCUUUCCCUCCCGGACGCGAGGGUAAGUACAAAUAAGUACCAAAGCCAGUGCUGGACCGGAGGCAAACCAAUCACACAGCUGUGUGCCUCACAUUCUGCUUAAGAAAAUUAAUACCGCCAUCGUCUGUAGGUCACGUAAAUUGUAAUUGAACUGGAAAUUCUUCGUUUCCGUAAGUUAUCAACGGCUUCUGCCCGAAAAACGCACAUAAUUACAAUAAUUAUCACUUAAUUAUAUACUACAGAACAGUAUUGAUUGCUAUCAGUAGGUUGGGUGGGACAUUUAAAAGGCUUUUAUAUGUUUCUACAGUAAUACACGGCCAAUAGCCUAUAUAGUUUCAAGCAGUAAUUUCCAUAUCAUAUAGUGGCUUUUUAAAAUGUUGCUUCUUUGAGCCCAUGAUUAUUAUUUUUAAAUAACGCCGAGUGGCAUCACUAGUGUCGGCUUACAUCUAUUUAUUUUUUAUGAAUAUAAAUAUGGAAAGAGCAAGCGCGCGUUUCAGCAGACUGGUUAAUGAGUGCGGCGUCUUUGUGAAUGGGCCCCAUCUAUCAAACGUAUCUUUCCAUUAUGGGAAGGCAAAGGCUGGACUGGGAGGCUGUGACGGUGCCGGCCGCUUCGUCAAUGAAGUGCUGUCAUGUACGAGGCUGCGCUGGCUUCUCUCCUCCUUAGGAACUUUCUGGACUAAAAUGUACAUUUCAUGUAAUUCGGUGCUUCAAAGACAGUUAAUCAGUAGCAUUAUACUGAAGUACAGACUUAAAAGUUUCUCUGUUUUCGAACUAUGCGUUUUCCAUUCAAAUUUCUUGAUAAAUGUGUUUUUCCAAA